CGAUCGCCUCUAAGACGUAGUGACCUUCGCCGGCGUCCGUGCAGAGUCUCGCGGUGGGACGGGAAGGAAGACACGCUUUAAGGCUAACCGGCGUCGUCCUGCGGAAAAGACAAUAUGGGUGAUAUUGAAAAGGGAAAGAAAGUCUUCAUCCAGAAAUGUGCCCAGUGUCAUACAAUCGACAAGGGGGGCAAGCACAAAGUCGGCCCCAACCUUUGGGGUCUGUUCGGCCGCAAGACGGGGCAGGCUGAAGGCUUCUCCUACACCGACGCCAAUAAGACCAAAGGUAUCAUUUGGAGUGAGGACACCCUGAUGGAGUACUUGGAAAACCCCAAGAAAUACAUUCCUGGAACAAAAAUGAUCUUUGCUGGUAUCAAGAAGAAGACCGAGCGUGCAGACCUUGUCGCGUAUUUGAAAUCAGCCACAUCAUAAUACUACUAAUAAUAAGUUAAAUAAGUUUAAAUGUCAGUAGUCUCACUUUUUCUGUCUUUUAACAAUACCUAUUCACAGUUUACCAAAUAAUCUGAACUCUUUGUCCUAGGCCAUGGCUUGUUUUUGAUGCCUGCCUUUUUUAAUAAGAAGGAUUUUCAGUUUUGUCUGCCACUGAGCUGUCAGCACAGUCAGACUGAAUGUUGUUGCGCUGGGUGCCAGGUCUUCCCUGUGACGGGGAAGGAACUAUUCCCUGGUUUCACAAGAGCUGGAUAUUAAGUUAUUGGACUGUACCUAUCUGUAGCAGUAAUGUGGACUGCAUUGAGCUGAAGGUGUCUGUGCUUAUUGGUAACCAUAGUCAAUAAUGUAUCGUAUGAAACGGAACUGUGAAUAAAAAUUGAAAAGGGGACUUUU